AUGGUGCCGAAGAACGCGGGGGAACCAUGGACUGCGCAGAAGUCAGAGCAAUGUAUCGAGGCUUACAAUAACGUUCUCACAGUUGGGUUCGGUAGCCGGCACGAGAAGAUGGAGGGAGACAUCGUAUGGCUGGGGAGUCCAUGGUCGCUGAUGUUGAACAUGAAGGAGGCUGACAGGGCUCGACUGCGAGUUCGACGCGUCGACAGCUCGAACACGCGAGCCGCUCGUUUCUGCCCGUGGACGUCAUCGCACGUGAUUCUGCGCACUCUGACCGCGACAACGAUCAUGGCGGACGCUGCAGCUGCAUCGCUCGACAUCAAGCAGCUCCUCGGACGGACUCCCUCGUCUCUUGAACUCUCUACUUAUCUCUUAGCGUUAGCCGCAACAGUGUCUAAGCAGGAUGUGACAAUCCCGGACGUCAAGUCUUAUUCUGACGCGGUGUACUUCAAUUAUUUCAUGCUGGGCCUCAGCUUGCUGUUCAAGCCAAUCAAUGGGUAUAAGCCGAAGACUAACGUAAAACGAGAGGAACUGAAGGAUGCGGAUCUGGUGCUAGACGGCGUCGAUGUGUACAACGUCCCGACACCGAAAGCCGCCCCUGCGUCUGGGAGCAAAUUGAAACCAACUCAUGCCACCUAUCCAAUAUCUCCUCUAAUUCUAUCAUUGUCUUCGGAGUCUUCGGAGAAUGACUCUAAGCAACGCCCUGCGCAAAUGACCAUAAACCCCGGAACUACUGGGAAGGAGUUCGUCGAGACAAUGGGCGAGCCUGAUCGCAAAGGCGGCGGCGCAGGUCCCUCCUCCGGGUCGAUCGGCAUCUGGUGCGAGUGGUCGAAAGACGGUGUGAUGGUUGAGUUUGGCGGAGAUGAAAGCAGAGGCCCGCAAGCAUGGGAGCGCGGCAAGGAUGCGGUGUGGAAGGUCGUCACCAUCUUUCCACCAAAGUAG